AUGGAAGACGGGGCGCCCACCCACUAUCUGGUCGUGGAGGGGCUGGCGGGCGAGGGGUCGAUCUGGCGCGUCGUCCGGGCCGAGGAACACGCCAAGGGGCGCAGGCUUUACGCCUUCGUCGGAACCUGCCAGACCCGCCGUGCGGCACUUUCGCUCGCCCGCGCUCUCAACGAGAAGCGUGCCGUCGACGAGGAGACGCUGCGCGCCGCAGCCCUGCGGGGGCAAUCGCUCCCGCCCGGCCGCGCCGACAUCGCGCCUGCGCCCGAUCCCUACCGGCUCAGGCCCUCCUGUUGA